AUGGCUUCAACAAAUGCAGAGUGUUUGACAGUUCGUCAGCAAAUACCUCCACAGCAACAGUUGUGUCCAAAUUCAAUGGCUCCUCCUUCUUCUUAUGCCGAACGCUUCUCUCGAAGUGCAUCUUCAUCACCAAGAAGGGGCGGAGCCGGUGCUGGAGCAGGAACUUUCAUCGUUGGACCUGAUGGGCAAUUGAGAAGACGUGAAUCAGUUCUCCAAAUGUUGAAUCGAAUCUGGAAAAGUGAUGAAUGCACGAGGAGACCAUCGGUCCAGAAAUCGAAUGCAUUGGAUGUUCCAACAGAGCCUCUGUCCCGUCAACUAUCCCUAUCAGACACCAAUGUGACACCUCAAAUCAACAGAUGUGCCAAGUUGAAUCUAACUCCAAAACAGAGGAAACUACUCAGACAAAGUUUCAAUGCAAUGAACUCUGGUGGCACUUUUCUGAAACUCAUGGAGAAAAUCUUCAGACGACUUGAGAACAAGUGUCCAGAUAUGAGAUCAAUCUUUCUGACAACUGCUUUCGUAAACUCGUUGAGCCGUGAACGACAGACGCCUCCACUUGUUAAGACGGAGCAUGAUCAUUGUAAAUGUAUGGUUGGAAUAUUCGAAAGACUCAUUGAGAAUUUGGAUAAUAUCAAUGAACAGCUCACUAUGAUUAGACAUUACGGAGAAAAACAUGCUCAGAUGGCUGAAAGCGGGUUCACUGGUGCGAUGAUUGAGCAAUUCGGAGAGAUUUCAGUCUUCAUAAUUGGAUCUCAAGAUGUUGUAAAGUUCAAUCAUGAAACAGUAAAGGCGUGGAGGCUAUUGUUGGCAUGUGUUACUGACGAAAUGAAGGUCGGAUUCGAUCGCAUGACAAGGAUAAAUGGCCGUCGAAACAGCUGUAAUCCUCCGAACUCUACCGUAUCUGGAAACUGA